GUUCGUGUCAGUCCUGUUGUGAGUCGUAAGGGUUAUCUGAUGUUCUUCGAUGAACGAACGGGCUCCUGGGUCCGACGAUGGGCUGUGGUUCGUCGGCCCUUUCUUUAUCUAUACGCAAAUGAGAAGGAUCCCGUAGAGCUCGGUCUCGUCAAUCUUACCACAGCUCAGAUUGAGUAUAGUUCGGCGGAUUAG